GUGUUUUAUAAAUAUAAAGUUAGAUAAUUUUUUAAUACGCUUAACUAUGCCUAUGAUAGUCAUAUCCGGUUUACCGUCCAGUGGUAAAACAACUCGUGCUAAAGAGUUGCAAAAGUUUUUCUCUGAUAAAGGCAAAAAGGUGCACUUCAUCUCAGAGAAUAUUUCGAUAGCCAAUGCAGGUUUUGCGAAAAAUGAAUAUUUCGCAGAUUCACAAAAGGAAAAACAAGUGCGUAGCGAUAUUAAGUCCGAAGCGCUACGAUUGCUUAAUAAAGACGACGUAGUCGUCGUGGAUGCGGGCAAUUACAUUAAAGGCUAUCGCUAUGAGCUUUUCUGUGCAACAAAAGCUGCACGCAGUACGCAAUGUACACUCUUCUGCGGCAUACAAGAGGCACGUGCCUGGGAGUUCAAUCAGCAACGAACAGGUGAAGAUGUGGUGCCAAACGGUACUAACAAUAUAACAGACAACUCUAAUGUGCCUUAUACGCGUGAAAUUUUCGAUGCGCUAUGUAUGCGUUUUGAAGAGCCACACGGCAAUUGUCGUUGGGAUAGUCCACUAUUUGUAGUGUUUCCAGACGAUACACUUGAACUUGAAGCCAUCCAUGAUGCGCUGUAUGAAUCAAAACCAUUACCGCCGAAUCAAAGCACGCAGAAUCCGCCACUAAGUGCUACGAAUUACCUCUUUGAGCUGGACAAGUUAACGCAACAAAUUAUAGCGGACGUGUUGGCAGCGCGUAAAAUCGGUAAUACAGGUCCCGUGCCGGUCAAAAGUAGUCAGGUGAAAGUGGAAGUGCCAGCGGGCGUAAAUGCUAUACAGCUUAAUCGUUUGCGUAGACAAUUUCUCAACUAUACCAAAUUGCACCACGCCACCACAAGCACUUUGGAUAAAGUGCCGCAAUUAUUCGUGCAAUUCCUCAAUUCUAAUUGUAAUGAAUAGCGUAUGAUUUAAAUAAAUCAUAAAACUUGUAUUGUGUAUAGGAAGUGUGACAUUUAGUAAUUUACAGCACGGUUACGCAAAUUUUUUGUUUACAUUAUGAUUUUAUAUAAUCAUUUUGACAAACCUACAUUAAAAAUAAAAACAAAUACGUUUUUU